AUGGUCAUCCCAGUCAAGGUAGAACCACUGGUCAUCCCAGCCAAUGCUACACUAAAGGUAGGACCACUGGUCAUCCCAGUCAAGGUAGAACCACUGGUCAUCCCAGCCAAUGCUACAAUCAAGGUAGGACCACUGGUCAUCCCAACCAAUGCUACAAUCAAGGUAGGACCACUGGUCAUCCCAGUCAAUGCUACAAUCAAGGUAGGACCACUGGUCAUCCCAGUCAAUGCUACAAUCAAGGUAGGACCACUGGUCAUCCCAGUCAAUGCUACAAUCAAGGUAGAACCACUGGUCAUCCCAGCCAAUGCUACAAUCAAGGUAGAACCACUGGUCAUCCCAGCCAAUGCUACAAUCAAGGUAGAACCACUGGUCAUCCCAGCCAAUGCUACAGUCAAGGUAGGACCAUUGGUCAUCCCAGCCAAUGUUACAAUCAAAGUAGGACCGCUGGUCAUCCCAGCCAAUGCUACAAUCAAGGUAGGACUGCUGGUCAUCCCAGCCAAUGCUACAAUCAAAGUAGGACCACUGGUCAUCCUAGCCAAUCCUACAAUAAAGGUAGAACCACUGGUCAUCCCAGCCAAUGCUACAAUCAAGGUAGAACCACUGGUCAUCCCAGCCAAUGCUACAAUCAAGGUAGAACCACUGGUCAUCCCAGCCAAUGCUACAAUCAAGGUAGAACCACUGGUCAUCCCAGUCAAUGCUACAAUCAAGGUAGAACCACUGGUCAUCCCAGCCAAUGCUACAAUCAAGGUAGAACCACUGGUCAUCCCAGCCAAUGCUACAAUCAAGGUAGGACCACUGGUCAUCCCAGCCAAUGCUACAAUCAAUCAAUGCUACAAUCAAGUAGGACCACUGGUCAUCCCAGUCAAUGUUACAAUCAAGGUAGAACCACUGGUCAUCCCAGCCAAUGCUACAAUCAAGUUUGCCCCUGGCUCUUUCUGGGACUUGGAGAAGAGUCUGAUGUAUGAACAAAACAAAAGCUACUCCGAUGCCCACAGUACCUUCAAAAACACAACAGGAUUCUCCCAACAUGCAGGUGUGACAGAGUCUGUUGCUGGUGAUGUUUUGUUGAUGAACAAAAUUGAUCAACACUGGAAAAUACCAACUGAUGCUAUAUGGAGAUACAUGGGGACAGAGAACGGUGUGUUUAAGGUGUUCCCUGGGACCCUGGUACCUGACAUCCUGUAUGACCCCAGAGAGGACCGCUGGUACACAGCAGCCAUCAGUCAGUCCCAUAAGUACAUGUUUACUGCCCACCCCGACCAGAAUAUAUCUAUCGUCACCCUGGCUAAAGCAUUUCACCAAACCAGUAAAUUGGUCCAUGGAGUAGUAGCUGCAGACAUCACAGUUCAACAUCUGAUGGCUUUUCUGUAUAAUGCUGUCUUCAGAAACAUUAGCCAGAAUUCAGCGUGGAUAAUCAUGGAUGAUGAAGGGAGCAUCUUGAUGAAGCUAGACAAUGUUGGACCAGUACAGAUGUCUGCCCAUCUGACUGAAGUUUUACCUUGGGUGGCAAACUGGCUUUUACAAAAAGGUCUUCUGAUGAUAGACUGGUGCAGUGAUGUUCUGUCUGGUCACUCCCAUCUGAGUUAUUCACUGGACACCUCUGGAUCGGUGGUUGAUCCAGGUUCUUCUGAUCCUUGCCUGGACUUCCAGCUGAUCCCUAUCAACAAAUCCAACCUGUAUGUUAUCAUCUACAAACCCUUAUCCAUGUGCCAUACCACACAGGCAGCUUGUUCUUGUACGGAGAUGUGCUCUGUUUGUGAUCAUCUUCAGACAAACAUUUGUCAGUGUCCUUGCACAUGUUUCAGUAAUUAUAUGGAUAGAUGCACCCACCAAAUUAACAAGACUAAUGGCUACAAGCCCUGCCCUGGACCCCAUAAACACUGGCAGAUGCAGUCCUCAGACAAGGAAAAUAAAUCCAUUAAUGUAAGGCCUUGUAAACCUGUCUGUACAGCCAUUUCUGGAUCAGCAGAAUGUCAGGCAACAAAGGGAUGCAACUGGUGUAGUGGAGGACAUUACAAGAACCUUCCUCUCUGCUCAGAGAAGUGUAUUCAUGACCAGAGAAUAUUGCAGUUUAAUCUAGCUUGUGGAAAAAAUACCACUGUAAACUCUUCUGUGAGAGAAAAGGAUAUGAUUGAAAAAGAAAUUCUCCAGACAGCUCGUCAGAGAUUAAAAAAAUACAACAAAGCAAAGGCAGAUCUUCAUCCCAACAAGGAUUGCACAGUAAGUCUUUCGUGUCGUAUGAAAUCAUUUACACAUCACAAAUUUCAAAAGAGAAGGAAAAAACUUGCAGCAGAGCUUUUGUCACUGAUUCAAAGUGUGUAG